AUGUCCGACUCAGGUCCCGGAGGGCUCGAUUCACCUCCCCUCCAGAACAUCUCAGCGCAAUGGACAAAAUUGACACGGCAAUACCAGCAAAUUCUUGACCGAUGGACCCCUCACGUUCUUCACCGGUGGUUGGCGUUGGCUGGUCUUUUGACUGUUUUCUUCCUGCGAAUUGUACUCGCACAAGGGUGGUAUAUUGUAUGCUAUGCACUUGCAAUCUACCUCCUCAACCUUCUGCUUGCCUUCCUUCAACCAAAGUUUGAUCCUUCUCUCGAGGAAGACCUUCUAGCCGACGAGAUUGAAGAAGGUGGAGAGGUUGUCAGCCCACUUCCCUCGCAGAGGGACGACGAGUUCAGACCAUUUGUCCGACGAUUGCCUGAAUGGCAAUUUUGGCUCUCUUCGACGAAGGCAGUUUUGAUCGCCCUUGGCUGCACACUAUCUGAUGUCUUUGACGUCCCGGUUUAUUGGCCAAUCCUUGUCGUCUAUUUCUUCGUACUCUUUACCCUGACCAUGCGAAGACAGAUUAGCCACAUGAUCAAGUACAAGUACAUUCCUUUCGAUUUUGGUCGCAAGGCACGCUAUGGAAGUGCAGCUCGUUAA